CAUAGAAAAGAAAAAGUUGUUUUUUUUGGAUGAUAAAUUGCUAUAAGCAAUGGAGGUUAGAAUCCAUUUCUCCUAAGUUCUAUAUGUUUUGAAAUGUUUCUUACACCAUAAAUAAAAAAAAUGCGUUACGCUCAGUUAGUUGUUGGUCCCGCGGGAAGCGGAAAGUCUACCUACUGUAGUGCUUUGGCACAAUACGGUGCGGACUCGCAGCGUAACAUAGAAGUAGUUAAUUUGGAUCCAGCUGCUGAACAUUUCGAUUAUCAGCCUAUAGUGGACAUAAGAGAACUUAUCCAAGUGCAAGACACAAUGGAAGAUGAGGAAUUGCACUUUGGGCCAAAUGGGGGUUUGAUAUUUUGUAUUGAGUACUUGUUGGAGAAUUCCGAUUGGUUGCAUGAAAAAAUUGGUGAUCAGGAAGAAGAUUAUAUUCUGUUUGAUUGUCCGGGCCAAAUUGAGUUAUAUACUCACUUGUCAGCCAUGAAAAAGCUUGUCAAACAGCUGCAGGAUUGGAAUUUUAACGUUUGCUCCGUGUUUUUGGUUGAUGUGCAGUUUAUGACAGAUGGGGCAAAGUUUUUAUCAGGAACCAUGGCUGCACUAAGCGUUAUGGUCAAUUUGGAGCUUCCUCAUGUGAACAUCCUUUCAAAAAUGGACUUGUUAGGUAAAACAGCUCGCAAAAGGUUGGAACGGUUUUUAGAGCCAGAUAGCCAUGCUAUUUUAGGGGACAUUGAAUUGUCCGGGAUGUCUGCAUUUAAUGAAAAAUACAAACGGUUAACAGAAACCAUUGGCCGGAUAGUUGAAGAUUAUUCAUUGGUGAGGUUUAUUCCUUUGAAUUUAAAAAACCACGAAAAUAUAGGCGACGUCCUUAUCACCAUAGACAAUGCUAUACAAUUUGGGGAGGACUUGGAUGUAAAAACAAAAGAUUUUGAGGAAGAGGAUCCUGAAGACGUAUGAAAUUUUGU